AUGCCGGCGACUUCGCCGGAUGGGCGCACGAAGUUGGCUAAACUGAAGCCAAAAGGAAGCCCAGGAAAACUCGCCAACUCUGGGUCUGGAACAGGCUUGCAGUCCGACAUUGAUUGGAGGGUUUUUGGACUUGACCUGGAGUCCGGCUCAACCGGUGCUGCCAGAUCACCAGUGCCUCCACCACCGAGGCUUGGAAGUUAUCCCGGCGGCGGGCCACCGAAGCGUAGCACAGCCGGAAUCAAAUUGGAUAGCUUAGACACCCCCGCGGCCUUCGAUUCCGUGGACUUAUCGCACUUGAGAUCUGCUGUGAAGCGAUCGCCUGGUUAUCAGGAGCAGCUGCCAUCACUCCUCAAUCUGCUAGAAGAACGAGGGGUGGACUAUGGUCGGCCCAACCUGGAUCGGGAUGUGCAGCUCCCUUUGGAGGCCUUUGAGGACACGACCAUGUGGACUCGAACGCCAGAGGAGUGGCAGCUGCUAAUGCGCGACCUCACGGGUCAAACAACUCCGUUGGCUUGCACGGCGUUGAGGACCAUGGAGGACGGCAGUGGCCGGUGGCAGUCAGCAAGUGUCCUAAGCUGGGACGCAGCUAGCCAGCGCUACAAUGUGAAAUGGGCCAAUGGACAAGAGGACAAGGUCCUCAGCCUCCACGUAUUUUUUGAGGGCGAUGACCCUAUCCUUUUUGCGGACCGUUUGAAACAGGCACUACAGAAUCGGAGAUAUGCAAACAGCCUCCUCAAGUAUCACUUUUUUGUCGACAGUAUGCCAGAAGAUCAUUCCCGGAAGAUUGGUCGCGAGUCAGUGGCACGGAUUUCCAAGCUGGCAAAGGGUAUGCUGUGGGAUGCCAACAGCGAAUUUGCCGACAAGCUGAAUGGCAAGUUGGAGACUUUGUUGCAAGAUGCACAGAAGGAGUAUGUGCGUGUACAAAACUUGAUUACCUUUGAAAAGGUGCGCAGCCAAGGGAACCUCACAGUUCUUCCCUCAGACCUAGUGUUGCCGCCACCUCCGGAAGCAUCUCCUGUUCCCUUUUUGGCCGUGAAGGUUCUACCUUCUUGGGACACCAAUACCAUGGGCGCUCCGGAUCCACAAGUCCCACGUGGCUUCCGGCAAGCCUUUGAGUGGUUUUGCAAGGCCUCCUUGGUCAUUCGGCCAGAGGUUUGUGCUGCCUUGCAGGUGACCAGAGGGAUGUGUCUGGAUUUGCUCACUGAGAAGGUCUUUGAGACGAACUUCAACACAGCCUUGCGCCUCCAGGAAUUCUCCGAAAGACAGGAGGCCUCCAUAAUGCGCCUCAAAGGUCGACUGGGGAUGUGGGUGAACACCAUCCGCAUGCGAAUAACACAGUGCUUGCAGCAGGCAACAGUGAAGUGGUAUCACUUGAACGAGACAUCCAUUGAGAACUACAAGGCAAGCCGUUUGCGGCCAAUGCUUGUUUGCAGUGGUCUCAUGAUGUCAAAUGCCUUUUUGCUGCUGGCCGAGGAGAAUCUCUACUCCUUCGUCCAAGUGCUGGAAGGCCUCACCCCAUUACGGGUUGAUCUCACAAAAGACAGACAUGUCUUGCGAACCUUGCGCAACAUUGUGCGACCAGAUCCCAACAAAGAGGAAAUCGCCGUGGAGCCUAGCUUCAAGAAGGCGCUCUUUAAGGUAGAAAUUGUAGUCAAUCCUCAGAUUGCGGCCAAAGCAGCUGCAGCAGCAGAAGCCGCCGCUGCCGCAGCGGCAGAUGACAAGAAGAAAGAUGAUAAGAAAGGAAAAGAGAAAGGGAAGGAAGAAGAAAAGAAACCAGAAGAGCCUCCCAUGUUGCACUUCUCUUACAAGACUGACCUUGGGGAGUUUAAGCAGGUAGUGCUCAGCAUGUUCGAAAAGGGCAUGUCUUCUUUCAGAGAUGUUCACAGCAUUGAGAGCGUGCUGCUACCCCAUUUGAUUCGUGACCAUCAUCUGGACCCUAUCUUCUCACCAAGCGACGCUUGGGUCGAAGAACUCCGCGUGCGUUUAGAGGAGACCAUGGCCAAGCAGGAGCCGUGGCUACAAGACAUUCUGCAAUCCUUGGAGAGCUUCAAGGACGUUGUCCUUAUGGAUCCAGAGGCCGCGGCUGCCCGCCUGCGUGCGGAGCCACAACCGCCCGCACAGGUCAAGGCAAUGAUCGAAGAGAGGAAGGAGCGAAUCAAGCAGAUUCAAGAGUCUAUUCCGGAUGACAAGGAAUCCAUCACGAUUGGCUUCUAUCGCAUUGAGUCUGGUGGCAUCCGCAACCAACUCAUUGAGAAAUUAGAGACGUCAAUGCAGCUCUUGCUCAAGUCUCUAGCAGAGACGUUGGAGGUCAACAUUCAUGAAGCCACAGUGGCCUUCGAAGGCAUUUUCACCAAACUCCAAACACAGGUUGCAACGAUUGAAGAGUGCUCUGACAUGAAGGACUUCUUGAAGUCGAUCCCCAACGAGCUGACCAAGCUUGCGGGUGCAGUGAAUGAGGCGAUGCAACUUACAGACUUGGUUGAGGACCUCCGCUACGAGCUCCCGGCCGAAACCCUGGAAGCUCGUUGGGAGAUGUUUGGCUCAUCUGGUCUUGUCAAGUCCAGGGCAGCCAAAUGCAUGGAGUACCUGAACACUCAACACGAUUCCUUCCUGCAGUCUCAAGAGUCAGAACAGAAGGAGUUUGAUCAAAGACUUGUGAGACUGGAGGAGGUGAUCGAAGGUUUCUCCCAGUACAAGGAUCUUGGCCAAGUCAGAGAAGUUGCUGAGAAGGUGCGGGCAACAUCUGAAGAGAUCAAGCAGUGCCAGGACUUGGUUCGGCUCUACAACUCUCGAGAGGUGCUGUUUGAUCGGGACCAGACGGACUACUCGAACCUUCAGACCAUGAUCAAAACCUUUGAGCCCUACAACAACCUUUGGAAGACUGCUGGAGAUUGGGUGAGCAACAAAGAGGCCUGGCUCGGGGGCCCCUUCGAUGAAAUCGAUCCUCGAUAUUGUGAGAAUGAGGUGACAAACGGCAUCCGGCUUCUUUUCAAGACCAUCCGCACUCUCAAAGAGAACGAAGAGACAAAGUCCAUCUGCGGCAUUGCAGAGCAAAUCAAGACCGAGUUGGAAGAGUUCAAGCCCAAUCUUCCCCUGGUGACUGGCCUUCGCAAUGAGGGAAUGCGCCAGCGUCACUGGGAACAGAUUUCCGAGAAGUCAGGCGUGCAGGUUGGGCCUGGCAUGGAUGGAGGCUUUACUUUGCAGAGGAUGUUGGACGCCGGGCUAUUGAACUUCGCCAACGAGGUCGCAGAAGUCGGUGAUCGAGCGGGCAAGGAGUAUGGCCUUGAGAAGACCUUGAACAAGAUGAAGGCAGACUGGGAACCGUUGAACUUUGAUCUCUCGGAGAAGUACAGGAAAACUGGCACCUAUGUUUUGAAAGGAGAUGGAGAGGCGAUGGUCCUGCUGGAUGAGCACAUUGUCACCACACAGGCCAUGAUGUUCUCCACCUUCAAAGGACCUUUCGAGGAAGACAUCGAUGAGUGGAAUACAAGGCUCAUGCGCGUGUCAGAGACCUUGGAAGAAUGGCUCAAGUGCCAGAAAGCUUGGAUGUAUCUUCAGCCAAUUUUCGAUUCGGAUGACAUCAUGCGACAGCUCCCGACAGAAGGGAAGCGCUUCAAACACGUCGAUGCGACAUGGCGCCAGGAGAUGAUCAACACCAGGGAGAACCCCAAGAUCAUCGACAUUUGCGCGACUGAAGGGCUGCUGGAAAAGUGGCGAGAAUGCAAUAUCACACUGGAUAUGGUGCAGAAGGGCUUGGAGGACUAUCUUGAGACAAAGAGGAAUGGCUUUGCCCGUUUCUACUUCCUUUCGAAUGAUGAGCUCCUGGAGAUCCUUUCGCAGACCAAGGACCCGACUCGAGUGCAACCAUUCUUGUCCAAAGUCUUUGAAGCCAUGUCCAAAGUGAACUUCACGCCCGACAAUGAGGUCGUAUCCAUGAUCUCACCAGAAGGCGAGACCGUUGAGAUGGUCGCCCCGGUUGUGACCCACCAAAAGGCCGUUGAAGUCUGGAUGGGUGACCUGCAAGAUGGAAUGUGCAUGGCAAUCCGCAAUGCUUUAGAAGUUGGGAUCAGCACCUAUCCAACAAUGGACCGUACCGACUGGGUGCUGGCCAAUGCUGCACAAAUUGUCCUGAAUGGAUCGCAAGUGUUUUGGACAUCAGAAGUGGAAGAAGCCUUCGAUGGAAACGUGUUGGAAGACUAUGCGAAGAAGCUUUCACAGCAGAUCCUGGAUUUGAUUAUGCUCCUCCGCAAGGGCGUGAACAAGCUGCAGACAAAGACCAUGAACGCACUGAUCGUCAUUGAUGUCCAUGCCAAGGAUGUUAUUUGGGGCUUCGUUGAGCAGCAGGUGAAGGACAAGACCUCCUUCGAAUGGAUCUCUCAGCUCCGCUACUACUGGGAAGUCGAUGACCGCCAGCAGGAGAAUAUGUGGGUGAAGUGUGUUCAGACUUCCUUCCCAUAUGGAUAUGAGUACUUGGGCAAUUCCAUGCGCUUGGUGAUCACGCCUCUGACAGACAUGUGCUACAUCACUUUGAUGGGCGCGCAAUCACUUAGCCUUGGUGGUGCACCAGCUGGCCCGGCUGGCACCGGAAAGACUGAGACAACCAAAGACUUGGCAAAGGCCCUGGCUAAGCAGUGUGUGGUCUUCAACUGCUCACCAGAGAUGGACUACAUUAUGGUCGGGAAGUUCUUUAAAGGUCUAGCCUUUUCUGGUGCCUGGUGCUGCUUCGAUGAGUUCAACCGGAUUAACAUUGAAGUGCUGUCCGUCAUUGCACAGCAGCUUAUGGUACUCUUCGGUCGCAAAGCAGAGCUUGGCAGCUACAACGAAACGGUCGAGCUUGAGUUUGAAGGAACGUUGAUUGUCAUGAAGCCGACCUUCAACGUCUUCAUCACCAUGAAUCCAGGCUACGCCGGUCGUGCAGAGCUUCCAGAUAACUUGGCCGCCCUUUUCAGACCAGUGGCAAUGAUGGUCCCUGAUUAUGCUUUGAUCGGCGAGAUCAUGUUCUAUGCCUAUGGCUUCACGGAAGCGAAGGUGCUGGCCAAGAAGAUGGUUACGACCUUUACUUUGUCGUCUGAGCAGCUUUCCUCGCAGUUCCAUUAUGACUACGGCAUGCGAGCGGUCAAGAGUACGAUUGAGAUGUGCGGCAAGCUGAAGCGGGAGGUUGGUGACUUGCCAGAAGACCAGAUCACCCUUCGCGCCUUGAGAGAUGUGAACGUGCCCAAGUUCCUCAAGGACGACUUGCCCCUCUUCGAGAACAUCAUCUCUGACCUGUUUCCCGAAACGGAUCGCCCUGUUGUCGAGUAUGGCAACUUGACCCCGGUGAUGGAAGCCUGUGGGAAGGAGCAGAACUUGCAGCUCACAGAGAACUUUACUAUCAAGGUGGUGCAGCUGAUCGACACCAUCGGAGUGCGGCAUGGAUUGAUGCUUGUCGGGCCCACGGGAGGUGGUAAAACAUGCAAUUAUCGCUUGCUACAAGCCACUUCCAUUGCCAUGUGUGAGGCUGGUGAUACGAAGUAUCAGAAAGUGCAGACACACAUCCUGAAUCCCAAGUCCAUCACCCAGGCACAGCUGUAUGGCGCCUUCGAUGAAGUCACACGGGAAUGGUCUGACGGCGUGGCGAGCGAGUGUGUGCGCACAGCCGUGGCAAGCGGCAAGUCGGGAUGCCCCGACAAUCAUUGGGUCAUUUUCGAUGGACCGGUGGAUGCUCUUUGGAUUGAGUCCAUGAACACUGUGUUGGAUGACAACAAGAAGCUUUGCCUCACCUCGGGUGAAAUCAUCUCCCUGACGCCACAGAUGAGGUCUUGGUGUGAGCGCCUGCCCUCGACGUUUAAGCCGGACCGCAGAUUGAGUCUUCUGAAGUUGGAAGAUUUCACCCUUCCCAUGAUCCGAACUGUGCGGAAGCAGUGCAAGGCGAACGAGGGCAACUCGCUCCUUGACUGCUACUUUGCCAACUACAUCCCCACAGAGGCAAGAACUCCAAGUCCAGAUGAGAUCAGCAAGCUUCAGCAGCGGCCCCAGAGUGAGUAUGACUACAUCUACGAGCUUGAGGUAGCGAUGGAACCGGUUUCGCUGAACAUGUGCCUGAGCCCUCCCGCUGGCAAGAAGAACGUGAUUUUUAUUGAUGACCUGAACAUGCCCAAGAAGGACCGCAUGGUGGACCAGCAGUUUUCAUCACUUUGGAAGAACGGUGCCUUCCAGUUGUUGGCGCCCAAUCAGUCGCAGGAGUAUUAUGGAGCACAGCCGCCCAUCGAACUGAUCCGUCAAUGGAUGGACUACAAUGGCUGGUAUAACCGCAAGGAGACCGCUGCGGGUCGAAUCAGCGGACGCACCGAGAUUUCAGGACGCUUGAAGAGGCAUUACAAUGCUGUCGUGGCAGCAGACAUGUCUCGUGACUCCAUUUUCGGCAUCUUCUCAACGAUUCUGGACUACUUCCUGCAACAAGGGAAGCUGGACCAUCAGCUGAGCACGUCCUUUGGUGUUGACCCUGUCUUGGUCUUUGACAAGGAGCGGAUGGUCUUCGCAGACUUCAUGAGCCAAUCUGGAGAACGUGUGUAUUUGGAGGUGGAUAGCAUGGGGGGCUAUGAAGACGGCUUUCUGGAUGACUACAACAACAUGUUCUCUGUGCCAAUGCCCCUGGUGAUGUUCGCGGAUGCCUGUGAGCAUGUCGCUCGUGUCUGUCGGGUCUUGCGGCAGCCCAGCGGCAAUGCCUUGCUCUUGGGUGUGGGUGGAUCCGGUCGGCAGUCUCUUUCACGCCUGGCCAGCUUCAUGUCUGAAUAUGAUAUCUUCCAAAUUGACGUUGUGAAGGGAUAUGGCAUGACGGAGUUCAAGGAUGACUUGAAGACAUGCCUCAUGAAGUGUGGCAACGAGCAGAAGCCGACCACCUUCCUCUUUGCGGACACGCAGAUUGUGAACGAGCAAAUGGUAGAGGCCAUCAACAAUGUCUUGAACUCGGGUGAUGUUCCCAACCUCUACAAAACCGAGGACCCCAGCCUCACUUGA